AUGGUGCCCCUGGUGUGUCCACUAGAUGGCGCCAUUGUAUCACAAAUAAACCAGCUGGGCUUACACAGCCCCGCUGCAGCUCGGGUGGGAACGCUCGCAAGUCACGAAUGGGCUUGGCGAACUGUUUCGGCUCCCGAGUGGGUGAUGCGUACUAUAAUGCAGGGAUACAGACUGCAGUUUGCAAUGAAACCCCCGCAUUUCAACGGCGUUCUCUCUUCACACAUGGAAGAGAACGCCUCACACAUUCUGAAAGAGGAAAUAUCCUCCCUCCUAAACAAGGGAGCGAUUCAAGUGGUGCCCCCCAGUCUGAUGAAUCAGGGAUUUUAUUCUCGUUAUUUCCUGGUCCCAAAAAAGGACGGCGCUCUCCGUCCUAUUUUGGACCUUCGUGUGUUGAACAAACAUUUGAGGAAAUACAAUUUCAGAAUGCUGACUCAUGGCUCGCUCGCCCGCGCCAUAAAACCGAACGACUGGUUCACAUCGGUCGACCUGAAAGAUGCUUUCUUCCAUAUAAGCAUUUAUCCGCCACACAGGAAGUUUCUUCGUUUCGCCUACCAAGGCACAUGUUACGAAUUCACAGUUCUGCCAUUUGGGCUCAGUCUGAGCCCCCGGUGUUUCUGUCUGUGUGCGGAGGCGGGUUUAGCACCCAUGAGAAUGUCAGGUCUGAGGAUUCUGACAUACAUAGACGAUUGGCUCAUCAUAGCCGAAUCGAAAGAGAAAGGAACCCCUCUGGGGACGGUUAUGAUGCGGAAAGUUGUGACGACAGAUGCGUCCUUAACAGGCUGGGGCGCCACCCAGGAGGGCAGAACGGUGAACGGUCUGUGGCCGAGCAGACUAAGUUCAGCGCACAUAAAUUAUUUAGAGCUUAUGGCCGUAUGGAAAGCUCUGAAUCAUUUUCUGCCUCGCCUGCAGGGACAUCAUGUGCUCGUACGCUGCGACAAUACCACGACAGUGGCUUAUAUCAACCGUCAGGGCGGCGUGCGCUCGUCGAAACUUCACGCUCUAGCUUACAAGCUUCUAGUGUGGAGCGGACGGGUUUUCCUGUCGUUACGCGCGACUCAUGUUCCGGGCCUUCUAAACAGAGGUGCGGAUCUUCUAUCAAGGGGAAACCCAAUCUACGGAGAUUGGCGCCUUCACCCGCAGAUAGUGGCUGUGUUAUGGAUGAGAUUCGGACAGGCAACCGUAGAUCCAUUCGCCUCGCGCGAAAACUACCAUUGUCCUAUGUUCUUCUCGCUAAAGGACGUGGACGCGCCCCUCGGGGUGGAUGCACUGGCUCACCCGUGGCCCAGUGUGCUGCUGUAUGCCUUUCCUCCCCUGUGCCUGAUAAUUCCUACACUGGCCAGGGUGAGAGGGCAGGGCCUGUCUCUCAUUCUGAUAGCACCCAGGUGGCCCAAAGCACAAUGGCUGGCGGAGAUAAUCCCUCUGUUAUAUGCCGAGCCGUGGCGCCUUCCCCCCCGCACGGAUCUAUUGUCCCAAGCGAACGGGGAGAUUUAUCACCCGCACCCGGACAGGGUGGCUCUUUGGGCUUGGCCCGUGAGAGGACGAACCUAAGCGCACUUGGGCUUUCGCCGCGUGUGAUUGCUACUAUACAGAAUGCCAGGGCCGUUUCUACGCGAUCCUUGUAUGGCAGUAAGUGGCGAGUGUUCGAAGGGUGGUGUGA